AUGCCAGCAAGCCACGCAGCCAACGGCACAACAGUCCCUCCUCCAGCAAAAGGUGGCAAGAUCUUAGUUCUUCCAGGUGAUCACAUUGGACCAGAAGUCGUAACAGAAGCCUUGAAAGUUCUAGACAUCAUCGAAGAAACUACUGGAGCCAAAUUCGAACGUGAUUUCGAUUUAUGUGGAGGCUGUUCUUUGGACAAACAUAAAGAUUCAGUCACCGAAGAAGUCCUGCAGAAAUGUGAGAAGGUCGACGCGGUGUUCUUUGGUAGUGCUGGGGGGCCGGAAUGGGGGACUGCACAGCCAAAUCCUGAGAGUGGGUUGUUGAGGAUUAGGAAACGGAUGCAGAUCUUUGCGAACCUUCGACCUUGUAAAUUCGCUUCAAAAACCAUGAUCGAAUGGUCGCCGAUCAAACGAGAAAUCAUCGAAGGUGUAGAUUUCAUGCUAAUUCGAGAGAAUUGUGGCGGAGCGUAUUAUGGCAACAAAAUCGAAGAGCAAGAUUACGCUUGUGAUCCUUGGGAGUACAGUCGUCCGGAAAUCGAGCGAGUUGCUCGCGUUGCUGGAGCUUUGGCGUUACAGCACGAUCCACCGCUUCCGGUCUUCAGUGCCGACAAGGCGAAUGUGCUUGCUAACUCGAGAGUGUGGAGACGAGUGGUCACUGAGGUUUUCGAGAAGGAGUUUCCUACUGUCAAGCUUCAGCAUCAGCUCGCGGAUAGUCUGGCUAUGUUGUUUAUUACGAAACCGAAGGCGUUCAAUGGCGUGAUUGUUACGGACAACACAUUCGGCGACAUUCUAUCGGAUGAGAGUGGAGGGCUCACGGGAUCGCUUGGUUUGCUUCCGAGUGCGUCGUUGGCAGGAGCUCCGGGGACAAAUCUUGGACAGAAUAGCGUUGGUGGUGUUGUUGGACUUUAUGAACCUGUGCAUGGAUCUGCGCCGGAUAUUUCUGGGAAAGGAUUGGCGAAUCCUGUUGCACAGGUUCUGAGUCUGGCUAUGAUGUUGCGGUACUCGUUUAAUAUGCAUCGCGAGGCGGAUGUUAUUGAAGAUGCUGUUGCGAAGGUCUUGGAUGCGAAGAAGGAUGGUGGACUUGAAGUGAGAACGGGAGAUUUGGGUGGGAAGGCGACCACGAAGGAUAUGAGUGAGGCGAUACAAGGUGAGGUCAGGCGUUUGCUGAAGGAGAGGGUAUGA